GAAUUCCAUCAAUAGACCCAACCAAGGCAAUACUGAAAAUCAGAGAGGAACCUCAACAAAACCCUCAGAGGUUCGAUCCUCUCAUAGUUCCCUGACCCUUGUUCCCUCUUUGGAUAAUUGGAACUUGGGGAUCAGGGUCGGUGGAGGAACUGGAAGAGGAAAGGUAAGAACAAUUUGGUAUUGGAACGAUGUCUGCUGCUGUGUGUGGAAGCAAGAGAUCUUUCUUUGAAGAUAUUCCUCCGUCGCCUCCAGUAUCUAAGAGGCUCCGUUGCUCAUCUUCUCCCAUUCGUUUCACCGCUCCGUGCCUCGUCGAUCAGCUUCAGGCGGUGUUCCCUCAAAUGGAAGUUCAGUUGGUAUAUAACCUUUCAGCUUCUGAGAGAGCUCUCCAAGAAUGUGGAAAUGAUCUAGAUGUUGCUGUCAAAAGCUUGCAUGAUCGUUGCCUGGGAUCUGCUGAUGAAAAUUCUGGUGCUGCCGAACAAUCCGAUGCUAAUGUGGUAGCAGGUACUUUGAGAGAUGAUGGGCAUGCUUCUGCUUCUGAGAGCCAAUCAGCUUCAAACCUUUCUGCAGAUGGAGCAGAAUGGGUUGACUUGUUCGUGAGAGAAAUGAUGAGCGCUAUUACUGUUGAUGAUGCUAGAAUCCGUGCUUCUAGAAUGUUGGAGGUUUUAGAGAGAUCAAUCAGUGGGCAUGCAAGUGCUGAGGCAACACAUGUUAUUCAAAAGGAAAAUAUGAUGUUGAAAGAGCAAAUUGAAGGGCUGACUAGGGAGAAUACUAUUUUAAAAAGUGCUUUUAAAAUCCAGCAUGAACGUCAGAUUGAGCAUGAAAAUAAGAGUCAAGAGUUGCAGCAGUUGAAGCAGUUGAUGUCUCAAUACCAGGAACAGUUGAGAACUCUUGAGGUGAAUAACUAUGCUUUGGCAAUGCAUCUGAAGCAGGCUCAGCAGUGCAACUCCUUUCCCGGUCGUUUCCAUCCUGAUGUCUUCUAACCAAAUCAAUAAGCAGGACAUCAUGGUUGGGCUGCAAAUUAGCUGCAUAGUGUUAAUUAACCUAAUGUUCCCAUAGUGUGGUCAAGGCAUGGUUGCUGUAAUGCUGUUCCUAGUUCAGGGUGGAUUCUAUCCUGUCAUUCUGGAUAGAAGCUGUCAUUAUAAGUAAGAUUUGUCUAUUAAUUCAAUUAUGUCCAAUGAUUUCCGCUGUUUUUACUUACAAUGCUUUCUUUAUAUGUAUUGUAUUCGACCACGCCAAUGAGUAAUAUGUAUUGGAUUGAAUUUCUAACAUCUAGAUAUUUCUUGGUUGAAGCUUGCUCCUCUCUAAACUGCUUAGAAAUUUCCAUGUCUGGAUCAGGACAGAUCAAAUUAAUAUAAUUGGCCGUUUGAGUCU